UUGCAUGCUUACUUCCACCUAGCGCUUUAUCACACCGAAGUUGUCUUUCAUGCACCGAAGCAUCUUGAGCACCAAGCUUAUCUUGCUGACACAGUUCCCUUUUCUCCUUCUUCCUCUACCUUCCAUAAUGGCGUUAAAGGUCCACGCGGUGAGCGAGGUCCAGUAGGUGAUCCCGGACCUCAGGGUCCACCAGGACCCAUGGGUCAGGUUAAGAUCCUCAAUGCGCCCAAUGACGUGGAAGACACCAUUAAUCGACGACGUCGACAGGCUCCUGAUCCCAACCAGGACAAUGUCUUUCUUCCUUUGCCUCCUUAUCAACUUUUCUUGGACGAAUAUACUACGCCUAGUGCUUCCUCUUCGCUCCAUUGGGAGGCGUCUACAAAGGACUGA